UGUUGAGGUGUUCCACAUGGGUCGGAUGAAAUGCGCCUUGUUUGAUAGAAGAGAGAAUACAUUGUUGUGUUAUGUAGGGAAUAAUCGCAUUUUUACAACAUCCAAUCUGCGUUGAAGUAAAGGUCACUGCUGACGUUCUUUGUCUCAAGAGAUUAUGAGUUCGCCCGAGAAUCCUGACCUCGCCCUCAAAGAAUUCACUUUCGAAGAAAACAAAGGCACACUGCACUCCCUCACUGUAUCAAUCCCAGAGGUACUGGACCCUCAGUAUGGGAUGUACGUCUGGCCGUGUGCCGUCGUUCUGGCCCAGUACGUCUGGACCCAGCAGGAGGAGAUCCAGCACAAGACUGUCCUUGAGCUCGGUGCGGGAGUGAGCCUGCCCGGCGUCGUCGCUGCCAGGUGUGGUGCCGCCGUGAUCCUCUCGGACAGCGCCGAGCUCCCCCGUUGCCUUGACAACUGCCGGCGCUCCUGCGAGGCGAACGGUCUGCGGGGGGUGAGCGUGGUGGGCCUGACCUGGGGCGAGGUGUCGCCCGACCUCAUCGCACUCCCUCUACUGCACGUCAUCCUCGGAUCGGAUGUCUUCUACGAACCGGAAGACUUCGAGAACGUCCUCGUGACCGUCUCCUUCCUCCUGAGGAAGAACCCGGAAGCCCAGUUCUGGACCACGUAUCAGGAGAGGAGUGGGGACUGGUCCAUCGAGGCCCUGCUGCACAAGUGGAGGCUGAGCUGCAGAUUUGUCCCGCUGGACGCGUUCGGCGCUCAGGGCAGCCAGAUCGCCCGGUCCGCUCUACCCGGCAGCCACACCGUCCAGAUGAUGGUCAUCACCGCCCGAGAGACAGAGCAGCCGAGGAAGUGACGUCAUCGCCGCCCGAGAGACAGAGCCGCCAAGGAAGUGACGUCAUCGCCGCCCGAGAGACAGAGCAGCCGGAGAGGACGCGGUAGUGACGUCAUCGCUUUGUGCCGCGACCUCAGACAGCCGGGGAGGCCGCAGAGGGCGUGUUUGCGUCUUCCAGUAGCGGCACACAGCGCUGGCUUAAAGCAAUGCAUGCUGAAUGCAUGCUGGGACUUGACACGAUGCACGCACAUGCAAGGGAGCUCCAGCGUGAUGACAUCAUCCCUUUGACGGCAGGGGACACCACAGUGAUGUCAUAACUGCCCAAGAAAAGACCCAAUAGGGGGCACCUGUGAUAUCAUCAUUCAUCACUAAGUGGAGGGCAGCUUAGUGAUGUCAGAGACUAUAACUGGGCCCGAGUGAGAAAGCGCCUUCUGUGUGAAUGUAACGAAAUAUAAUCUAAAUAUUUUUUUAUUUUUGUUGAAAAUGUGGCAUCUUCCUGAAUGUAACUCAAUACAAUGCAAACAGAGGGAGAUGGCAAUGUGUGUAUUUUUCCAUCACAGGAAUGGGGUUUAGUGUAAAGCACUUUUUUUUU